AUCCGUCGUUUAGAAAGUGGAUGUGGGGGAUAACAUGUCCAGUGUGUCCGAGGAGAGAAGAAAAAGGCAGCAGAACAUUAAGGAAGGCCUGCAGUUUAUCCAGUCGCCGCUGUCAUAUCCGGGAACGCAGGAACAAUAUGCGGUAUAUUUGCGUGCUCUUGUGAGAAAUCUCUUUAACGAAGGAAAUGAUGUUUAUCGGGAACGUGAUUGGGGCAACUCGAUAAGCCAGUACACAGAGGCUCUGAACAUAGCUGGUUAUGCCAAGUCUGAAGAAAUUGUCAUCCCUAAAGAAAUAAUUGAAAAACUGCAUAUAAAUCGUAUUGCUUGCUAUUCUAAUAUGGGUUUCCACGAUAAAGUUUUAGAAGACUGUGAUGCAGUCCUCAGUUUAAAUGCCGGUAACUGCAAAGCGCUGUAUCGGAAAUCUAAGGCUCUCAGUGAUUUGGGAAGAUACAGAGAAGCUUAUGACUCUGUGGCACAGUGUUCCUUGGCAGUGCCUCAGGAUGAACAUGUGAUCAAACUCACUCAAGAACUAGCUCAGAAACUGGGAUUUAAAAUAAGAAAAGCGUACGUUAGGGCUGAGCUCUCGUUAAAAUCCGUUCCCGGGGACGGGGCUGCCAAGGCUUUGAACUGUUCUGUGGAAGAUAUCGAGCCAGAUAUGUUAACUCCGAGGCAGGAAGCCGUUUCUGUCGUCUCUGUGCCUGCGGCCGGUUUCUCCCACCAAGUCGGAAGCGAGCUGGCCUCCGUUCCCAUCAUGCCCUUAACCUCCAUGUUGCCGCUGCGGGUGGACGAGAGCCCCCUGCCGUCGACGGCGCUGGCCAACGGGGGGAAGACGCCCUUCACCAUGCCGGAGCCGUUUCUGGAUGACGGAGACAUGGUCCUUGGGGAUGAAAUAGACGACCUGCUCGAUUCGGCACCCGAGGCCCCGGAAACUGUCAUGCCAUCGGCGUUAGUCCGAGGAGCACUCCCGGCAGCCAGCGUCACCCCUAGCAUACCUUUCUCGGCAUCUCUGUUGGGCACCUUGCCCAUUGGUGCGAGGUACGCUCCUCCGCCCUCCUUCCCAGAACUGUAUCCACCUCUGACCUCAUCCCUGGAAGACUUCUGCUCUUCUUUAAAUUCAUUUUCAAUGAGUGACUCCAAGAGAGAUCUGCCCACCUCAACUUCUAGAGAGGGGACAGCGCUUAGCGGCAGUAAUUCCUCCCUUUUACUUAUGAAUGGACCAGGCAACUUAUUUGCUUCUGAGAGUUUCCUGGGAAUUUCAAGCCACCCUAGAAAUGACUUUGGAAACUUCUUCGGAAGCGCAGUUACUAAGCCGCCUUCAUCAGUGACCCCGAGACACCCCCUUGAAGGAACCCAUGAGCUGAGACAAGCGUGUCAGAUGUGUUUUGUAAAAUCAGGCCCUAAGUUAAUGGAUUUCACUUACCAUGCUAAUUUAGAUCAUAAAUGUAAGAAAGAUAUUUUAAUUGGUAGAAUAAAGAAUGUUGAAGAUAAAUCAUGGAAAAAAAUACGCCCAAGACCAACAAAAACAAAUUAUGAAGGACCUUAUUAUAUAUGUAAAGAUGUUGCUGCUGAGGAGGAAUGUAGAUACUCAGGCCACUGCACGUUUGCUUAUUGCCAAGAGGAGAUAGAUAUCUGGACGUUGGAGCGGAAAGGAGCGUUCAGCAGAGAGGCGUUCUUUGGUGGGAAUGGAAAGAUCCACCUCACUGUCUUCAAACUUCUCCAAGAGCAUCUCGGAGAGUUUAUAUUCCUUUGUGAGAAAUGUUUUGAUCAUAAGCCUAGAAUGAUAAGUAAAAGAAAUAAAGAUAAUUCUACUUCUUGUUCUCACCCGGUUACAAAGCAUGAGUUUGAAGACAAUAAGUGCCUUGUCCACAUUUUGCGAGAGACAACAGUAAAGUACUCCAAGAUACGUUCUUUUCAUGGUCAGUGUCAGCUAGAUCUGUGUCGUCAUGAGGUUCGGUAUGGCUGUUUAAGGGAAGACGAGUGUUUCUACGCCCACAGCCUUGUAGAACUGAAAGUCUGGAUAUUGCAAAAUGAAACAGGUAUGUCACACGAUGCCAUCGCUCAAGAAUCUAAACGAUACUGGCAAAAUCUGGAAGCCAACGCACCUGGAGCUCAGGUACUAGGCAAUCAGCUAAUGCCUGGAUCUCUUAAUAUGAAGAUAAAAUUUGUGUGUGCUCAGUGUCUGAGAAAUGGUCAAGUCAUUGAACCGGACAAGAACAGAAAAUAUUGUAGUGCAAAAGCAAGGCACUCGUGGAGCAGAGAGCGCCGCGCGAUGAGAGUCAUGUCCAUCGAACGUAAGAAGUGGAUGAACAUCCGUCCUCUUCCCACAAAGAAACAAAUGCCUUUGCAGUUUGAUCUGUGCAAUCACAUUGCUUCCGGGAAGAAAUGUCAGUAUGUUGGGAACUGCUCCUUUGCUCAUAGCCCCGAGGAGCGGGAGGUGUGGACCUACAUGAAGGAGAAUGGCAUACAAGAUAUGGAGCAGUUUUAUGAGCUCUGGCUAAAGAGUCAAAAAAAUGAAAAAAGCGAUGAUGUAGCCAGUCAAUCAAACAAGGAAAACGGAAAACAAAUCCACAUGCCGACAGAUUACGCCGAAGUUACUGCGGACUUCCACUGCUGGAUGUGCGGCAAGAACUGCAACAGCGAGAAGCAGUGGCAGGGCCACAUCUCGUCGGAGAAGCACAAGGAGAAGGUGUUCCACACGGAGGACGACCAGUACUGCUGGCAGCACCGCUUUCCCACGGGCUACUUCAGCGUUUGUGACAGGUAUAUGAACGGCACCUGCACCGAAGGCAGCAGCUGUAAGUUUGCCCACGGCAACGCCGAGCUCCACGAGUGGGAAGAACGGCGGGACGCCCUAAAGAUGAAGCUCAACAAAGCAAGAAAAGAUCACUUAAUCGCCCCAAAUGAUAAUGACUUUGGAAAAUAUAGUUUUUUGUUUAAAGAUUUAAACUAAUAUGCUGGCUUUUAUGUAUGUUACCUAAUCAGAGCAUUGACCAGAAAAACGGAAGGUGUUCUCAGGCACGUGGCGAGCAGCCGCAGACUUUCUGCUUGUAUUGGCGUCUAUCGCACCUCUGGAGCAGCAACCCACAGUAGGUAGGAAAACGGGCUGUCUGACAGGUCUGGCCAUGCUCUCGUGGCACCGUUGGCAUCACGUGGCGAGUGGCCGCUCCCCCCCAGCCACCUGUUGAACAGACUUUUGGAUGACGCGUGUUGGGGAAGAGGGUGAGGUUGCGUCUAAGACGACUCCUUGCGUUGGUCCUUCAGAUCAGAACCACAGUGGUGAGCGAGUAGACCUUGUACUAGGCUCAGAACACAUGAUGGAUGAAAUUCUUCACAGGUUUUAAAUGGAACGACUUUGUUUCAUAUAAUAAAGUUUGCUACUUAUCUGUACGUAGGUUGCUAAAAAGGAUUUUCUUAACUCAGAUUUUAAGCCAAAUAACCAUUUAACACUAGUACAUGUUAAAUGGGGGUAUUUUUCUGUAUUUGUAUGUUUCACUAUAAUAAGGGAACUAAGGAUAAUGUGCAUUGAGAAUAUUUUGAAAAAUAAUCAGUCGACUCAAAUUUUAUUUCUUGGUCUUUUGCUGUUUAAACGAUGAUUUUGAAAGAUUACACUUGUACUGUUGGUAUUGUGUAGUGUAUGGACCAAUAUUGCCUGUAAUAAACAUUUUAUAUAUGGA